CAUUUGAUUACUUGUCUAAAGCGGAAGUGGUCAAAUUACGCGAGCACCGGGUUUUCGCUCCUCGCGCUCGUGUCGAUACGAGCAUCUUUUAUUAUGAAGGAGCCAACACUGAGGCUGAACCGGUUCUAAGGAAGACACUGCUCGGUGACGAGCUGGGUCAGAACCCACAAGCAAGCGCUAGGGGAGAAAGACUUACACCGGAAGUAGACAUGCCGAAAGUGCGCGCGCGGCUCUACCCCUGAGGCGCCCGGUUCGAUUUGUCCCGGUUCUGCGCCAGCAUGCCCUCGGACGUGGAGUACAGUCCGGUUGGGGAAGGGCUCGGCAUGCGUGACUUUUGGCUGUACGCGUGGAUGCGCAGGGCCGCCGUCGUCUCCGCACACUUGACGUCGCUGGGCCUGACUGUCACCGUGAGCGUGCUGUCCAGACCCGGAACCAGUCUGUUUUCUUGGCAUCCAGUGUGCAUGACUGUUGCUUUCUGCGUCUUCAUGACGGAGGGACUGCUGCUCUUCUCUGCAGAGGGCUCUCCAUUCUGCUUCAAGUCUCGGAAGGGGAAGGUGCGAGUCCACUGGCUGUGUCAGGUUCUGGCUCUGACCGCUGCAGCCACGGGGCUGGGCUUCAUCAUCGCCAGCAAAUCAGUUUCAGAGCACCCCCACCUGACCAGCUGGCACAGUCUGCUGGGCUCCUGCACACUGGCCUCCACACUACUUCAGGCGGGUUUUGGCAUCUGCGUGACCUUCCACAAGGAGCUGCACCUCUCCUUGCCCCCCUCAAGACUCAAGCUGUACCACGCCACCUGUGGGUUGCUGGUCUACCUGCUGGCCACCGUCACAGUGGUGUCCGCCCUUUUCUCUGACUGGUUCCAGGCCAGCGUGAAGGGACCUGCCUGGUGGGUCUUACUGCUGCUGCCCUUCUUCCCUGCUUUGGUAGUGAUGAACCAGAUCACAAACGCCUACCUGCCCCGCAAGAAGAUGAGCAUCUAGAAGGCAGCAGACUUUGAUGGGGAGGGGGUUCAGCUUUGAACAGCCAGUGUCCUUUUUUAACAGCACCUCAAAUUUGAAUGUAUUAUUGUUUUUUUUCAGGAUCAGAUUUGUAAGGUUCCCUUGCAUCUAGUUUAAGGGCUUUGAGGAUUCCAGCCUCAACAUGACUAUUAAAGAUCAGGGCGAGCAGAGCGUGGAAUCAGGUCUGCUGGAUUUUCAGAUGAAGACUAUUUUUUUUUAGAGGAUUUUUGUGCACUGAUGUGGGUGCUGUGCGCCUAACCCAGUAUUGCUGGAUGACUAGUAACCAUGAAGACGAAGGAGUUAUUAUACACAUAGGAGGAGCUCAUAGAAGGGUUAAAUGAGGCAUUUUUAAGUGGGGGAAGGGAGGGGGUUCAGUGCAUAGUGUGGAUGCUGGAAGAUUUACUGAUGAGUUACUAUGAUUUAAUGUAUUUAUUCAUUCUGCUUUGUUUUAUAAGACCGCUCAUUGAAAAUCCUUUUAAAAAAACAUAAAUCCUACUUUUGUCAUAAAGAACAGAAAUAUGUAGAAGAAACACUUGAGUGGGACAAUUUUAUAUGCGGGGAGGUGUGUGGAUGAACCCUGACGGAGCAACUACAGAAACAUGACAGACGCUACUUUCACUAAUAAAUUAUUUUUCUCAGUUUCUA